AACAAAUAAAAAGAUUCAAAACUCAUAAAUUUGACUUGGUCAAACCCAAGUAUCUUUAUGAAAAUGCCAAUUCUCUGUUUAGUGCUGGAUCAAUCUUUCAGCAUUAUCAGGAAGUUCAAAUAUCUUGUGUCAAAGAUAGUGAUAGUGUUAAGUGAAAAUGGAUAUUUUAGUCUCGAAAGAAUGAGAUAUUCAUUGCCGGAUCCUCUGCUGCACCAGAUCCCCUUGCCGCCUGCUGCGCCGAACCCACGUUGCUUGCACGCCUGCACUCUGUGCCAGCAUCAUGACCCUGCACCGAGCCUCGCUGCACCCCUGUUGCUUUGCCUCUGCACGCUACAGCAGCUCCAGACAAAUUAGCAUUAUUAUUGAUUGACAGAGCAAGGCUUUUUUUUAUUAUUUUUAUCUUUAUUUUUAUCUUUUAUUCGGGUAUAUAUAUAGAGAAAGAUCAGAUUGAAGGGGGGGUUUUUUGGGGGUUGACUUCGGGUCUGUUGCUGGGAGAUUGGUUGUGGUUGAUCUGGGGGAGUUUGCUUUGGGUUGAUUUUGGAGUCCGUUUUUGGGGAUGGUUGGUUGAUUUUGGGUCUGUUUUGUUGGGGAGUUUCGGCUGAGCUUUGAGAGCAAUAGAAGGGGAUUUUCCUGGUUGAUUUUCGGGUUCCCUUUGGAGCUGAAGGAGGUCUUUUGUUUUCGAGUCUGGGUGUUGAGAACGGCGGCAGAAAAGGAGAGGAAUUUUGCUAGAGGGAGCCGGUGAUUUGGGAAAAGAUUUGGGUCUACUUUUGUAGGUAAUUUCUUUGAACAGAGGAGGUUUUGGGGGAGGGUGGUGAAGGAAAGGUUGGAGCUUCAUCCCGUGGGUGGGAUCCCUCCUUCCGAUCCUGAUCUGUUUUUCUUCCAAAAUUUUCGCCAUGGUUGUUUUAAUUUCUUUGUGUUGAUGUACUGCAUUUGUAUUUGAGGUUGAUAUCGUGAAUGAAAUCAAGCAUUUUCUUUUUA